AUGCCUCUGUCCGGACACUGCCUUUGCAAGGCCGUCACCUACAAGGUUGACGUUGACGCCCCCCUCAUCACUGGUUAUGACCACUGCGAUGACUGUCAGCGCCAAAGCGGCUCAACCUAUUCCCUCGUUGUCGUCGUUCCAAAGGACAAGCUUACCAUCAACGGUCCCACCAAGAGCUGGGCUGGAAAGGGCUCUUCCGGCAAGGCCGUCCACCGUAUCUUCUGCUCUGAGUGUGGCUCUCCGAUUGCCCACGACCCCGAUGCGGCCCCAGAGAUCAUUGCUCUGAAGGGCGGAACCCUCGACUCCGAGAUCAAGAAGACAUUGAAGCCUGAUACCGAAAUUUGGACCGUCGGCAAGCUGCCCUUCUGCCAGGAGCAUCUGGAGAAGCCUUUCGAGCACAUGCCUCAGUAA